CUCUUCUCAGGAAGUUCUUCAACAAAAGUGAAAAAGGAUGAGAAAAAGGAGAAGAAAUUAGAGAAAGAUGACCGAUACGAUAUGCAGGAAGCUGUAUUUAUACGUUGGGCGAAUUCGUUGGCUGGCGGAGUAGUGAAAGAACUGAGCGAUGUUAUGGAUACGAAGUUUCUAUCUAUUUUUGUGCAACUUAUCACGGGCGAUUCAUUUAUAAGCUCAGGUUCUCGAGUGCAGGAUAUAUCAAAUGCACUUCGGCUUGUCGAUAAUGAUGAACGAUUCAACCAGAUAAGCAUCAGUGAACUUGCUGAUGGGAAUCCUCGAGCCAUAUGUUCCGCUGUUUGGCAGCUUAUACAAAUUUUUUGGAAGAGAUUCGCUCCAGUUGAUGUCCGUGAUCAGAAAAUGGCCGAAGCACUGAAAGAUUGGUGUGUCGAACGAGCGCAACGUUUUGAAGUGCAAAUUAAUGAUUUCAUUUCAUCUUGGAGAGACGGCUACGCCUUAAAUGCUAUCUUAUUGUCUUAUAACCCAGAUCUAUUCAAUAUGAAUCAGAUACGUGACAUGCGGGCAGUUGAUCGCAUUGAACAUGCAAUGGGCCUAGCUGAACGCCAUAUCAAUACUCCACGUCUUCUUCAUCCAAAAGACUUUUCCAGCGAACGUUUAGAUAAGAAAAGUGUUGUUUGUUACUUGAUGGUACUUUACCUCUCAUUGACUACUGAAGUCCCAUCACCGGAGUCUCAACCUCAACCUGAGCUACAACUAUCUGAACAACCUGUAGAAUCAUCGGAAUCUUAUAAAAACCUUCAAGGAUCGAUGGUAACCAGCCAAAAAGAUGUUGUAAAAAGCGAUUCACGGUCUACGGUAGAUUCAGUAACAUCACCGGUAGAUACUGUUUAUGCUGAAAUGGAAUGUCCGAUAUGGAAAAGUCCCGAACAACCUUCUUCUGUCCCGUCAUCUAGAAAGCAUUCACAGCAAACUAACGAAGUUGGUUUGAUUAAUUCUUAA